AAUGAUAGCCAAGGAACAAAUUGAUGUCAUAGAUCAAUAUGCUCAAUCCAUCGUUAAUUAAGUAGACACCCAAUAAAAGAGUAUGGCUGAUACAGUAUUAGCGAAAGUCGUCUAAUGGAAGCUUGCAACCAUUUAGAGACUGAAUGAGGUGACUAUUGUGCAUCACGAAAAGAACUUGGACAAAAUCAACCAGAUUCGAGAUGAAUUCGAGGAAACCAAAAGCAUUUGUAAGUUAUCCAAUCUUUUUAUCAAGCCUGCAGAGAAUAAACUGGAUGA